UCACUUGUUUCUAAUUUGUUCCUACUAUAUCUUUCUAAUUUGUGGACCUCACAGGCUCACAGCGAAGCAUAUUCAAGAGACAUGACUCGUGUUCAUAGUUGUCUCGUCGACGGUUGUUCGUCCACAUCAUUGACAUCACACUUGUGCCGGUGGCCUCGCAGCGUUGAACUGGAACGAGUAUGGAUAGACCUCCUAAAGUCUCACAGCUCAAGAUUAACAUCUACGCUUACGCACCGGAACCGCAUUCAUAGGCAUGCCUAUGUUUGCCAUCUUCACUUUGAGGAGAAAUUUAUUAAGAAUGAUCAUGCAAGAGUGCCACUGUCAUGGCCCACAUUAUUUUCUGAAGAGGAAAUUUCAAGUAGAAGACCCACUCGUCCUGUUACUGUCUUCCGACCAGUGGGAGACCAUUCUUAUGCUGUGGCACCAUGGACCAAUGUAGAAUUGGUGCCACAGAAAAGAAAAUGGGCCAAGAGUCACAGAAACCUAGACCGCGAAAAACAACCCAGCGAGAAGACACAAGAAUAG